UCAUGCGACUGCCAUACCCCAAGAACGUUUGGCGCACUCAUAACAAAUGUGGGGUCAGCAUGUCGAGAGCUCAAUGUCACAGUUUAUCCACAAACGUGCUGCAAUGAAACGACUUUAAAACGCUGUCAUCGUUACAACCAAAUAUAUAGAGAGUCGUCUACUGUGAGGGACUUCUUCAGGACCCUCUGACUUACCUCCAGCAUAGCUACCUACAUGUCCAACAUGUCCACCCAGAUGUGUAGGCUACUGGAGCUGGCCAUGCGCUCCACUUGCCGCCCCGCCAUCAGAAGUCAAUCUUGUUUACGGAAGACAGUUUUGGUAACCGACAUUGCACCUGGGGUCCCCGUGCUGCAAAGUAGGGCCUACACGCUUGAUCCACUUUCAUCUGGGCCUGGUCGGCCGUCAUUUGGUGUGAGCGCUCAGCAGCCCCGUGCAGAGAGGACGUCCAACUCUUCAGCUCUCACACACAGGAACCUGUCUGCUGUGGCAGUAAAGGGCCAGCGUCGUCGUCUGUGCCAUUUUGACUUCCUGGACCUGGGUGAGUUCGAGGAGAAUGUACGGCGGGCUCACACCUGUAAGAAAGCCAGACGCUUCUUAGUGGACCCAGACUUGGCUAAACUGGUAGCAGACCACCUCGGGCCUGACCUACACACUGACAAGAGUGUUAUUUUUGAAUGUCAUCCAGGCCCUGGGGUGUUGACUAGGACACUGCUUAAUGCUGGAGCUCAAAGAGUUGUGGCUCUUGAGGCAGAUAAAACCUUCCUUCCUGAUUUGCAGGAAUUGGAAGGCCAUCUUGAUGGUCAGUUGGAAGUGGUUCAUUGUGACUUCUUUAAACUCGAUGCUGUCUGGGAUGGAAACUACAAGCCCCCUGUUUUACCCUCGGAGAAACUUUUCUCUGAUCUGGGAAUAACAGAAGCCAACUGGAUGGAUGACAUCCCAGUGAAAGUUGUGGGCAUCCUACCUCAGCGUAGUGAGCGCGCCAACCUCCUGAAAUUUGUUUAUACCCUGUUUGAACGGAUGUCCUUCUACAGAUAUGGAAGGGUUGAGCUUAACCUAUUCAUUAGUGAGAGGGAAUACUUGACUCUGGUCACACCUCCAGGUAAAAUGAGGCACUACAGACCCCUCAGUGUCCUCUGGCAGAUAGCCUGUGAUAUAGAGCUGCUUCACAAGGAGCCAUGGGAGUCGUUUGUGUCAUCCAGACAGACGUCAUCUCCUCGUAAAGGCCUGCUUCCCAAUGAUCACAUGUGCCUGGUUCGUCUGACUCCAAGGGCAGACCUGUUCUCUGGCGGUCUCACACCCACCAGCGCCUCCACUCUGAUGGUUAUGGUUAAACAGUGUUUGGCAAAGAGGAAGGAAAAACUCGUUGAUAGGCUAAACCUCUGGUCACCGGACAGUGGAAGUAAGUUAUUAUCAGAGGUGGGACUGCCGACGGACAUCAUGACUGGUCAAGUUUUUCCACAUGAAUAUCUGCAACUCUUCCAAUUGAUGGACAAGAGCCAGGAGUUCACUCAGAGCUGGCUUUAUGACGAGAUCCUGGAGAACACAGAGAGAGAGAGGUGGGGCUGAGGUGUUCAUAGUAUAACUGACACAACCAUCAUGUGCAUAGGGUUCAAUCAAUCAUAAAAGGUGUGUAUAUAUAAAUAAGGAUUUCCCAGGGCAUUCAAUCGAUCACAACUACUCUGACUAGAUUGACUGGUGUGUGUCCCACCUCGUCUUUCAGCAUGAACUGAUGAAGCCUGCUCGGAUGAGAGGCGUGAGGUCUUCUAAGACAGUCUAAUCAAUUGAAUGCCCUGAGAAUACAAUGACCUGGAUGAAUGUGAAUAUUCACAGGCAUACAGAAGGAUUAAUUUAUGUAUGACACAUACACAGAUGAAUUGAUGUUCAUGACUUGGCAUUUUCAUGAUGUAGGCUCUAUCAUGAUUGACAUUGUGCCAUGCUAAACACAUGGACAUUACAAACGUCAUUGUCAUCAUAUAUAUACAAACUGGCUCAUAACAUGCAAAACAACUAAAGGAAAGUUCAGCAGCGCUUUAUAGAUUGUAUAUUUUUUGGAGGAGCAGGCACUAAGCAUAGUGACUGUCUACUUAAACAUGUAUUUCACUGUAAUAUGUAUUGUCUUUUAAAAAUGUUUGCCUAUGUCAUAUUUACAAAUUGUACGCCAAUUAUGUCUAAUUUGGUUGGGAAAGGUAACUCACCGUUCAAGCACAUUUAUGCUCCUAUAAAACACCACACUUUUCUAUUUUGGAAUAGACAAUACAUGUUUUCUCAUGCUAUGUUUCACAUGAAAAUAAUAUAUUA